AUCACCAAGAGCGUCCUCCCGUACUGCUGCGUCAGAGGUGGACUCCAUGUCGAAAGCGAGAGAAGGUGCCGCCAGUGGAGCUGAAUCAUCGCCAGGUUCUGCAGGGACAUCAAAUUAAGGCUAGUAAUCUAGACGAUAUGUUGAGGUGUGAUCAUAGAACGAAUAUCCACCCCUUUGCAUCCUAAUUAGGUUUUGGAGACAAUACCUCGUGCUAGGUAACUGAAUGAAUAUCAUGUCGAAGCCGCUGCGGAUCGUCGUUGCAGAAGUGAAAAAAUGUCAUCUGCUGUUCUAGAGAUAGGCGAUUCUCUUUUUGUCUAAGGUCUACCUUAGUGAUUAACUUUUUCCGUCGCGCUACUCUCUAUUCUACUUAAAUGCAUCUUCAUCUACUUUAUUCGUCGUUUCUAUAGAUCUAGUAGCUAUUGUUAAGUAACUCGUUUUCCUGAACGCGGCUAAUUUCUAGCGACGUGUUUGGGCACGCCAUCCAAGCAGGCGCCGUCAAAGCAGUCCAUGGAAACGCAAACAACACCCCCUAAGUUAAGACUCCUUAACUAUCUGUGCGAGAUUCCCUGUAUCUCGUGUGUCUGUUGGGAUAACCCGUUCCCGUUCUACAGCAUCAAACUGUGUCUGGUGUGUAACACCCGUUCCCGUUCUACAGCAUCAAACUGGAUAAGUAGGACACCUUUGAAUUAAUCGGCAUUCAAGCAGGGGACUACUUACUUAGAAUUAUACUUGCACUCUCUUGAUGAGGAUGACUUCAGAUAAUGUAUGUAAGUAUCCUCAGUGAUGAAGGGGAUACCUCACAGCGGACCACUGACACUCAGGAGCCACGGGUAGUGAUUGAUUAGCGUUAAGUAAGCCAGAAGAAGAGCCCCGAAGCCCUCAGCAGAAGGAGCGGGAUAAGAUGAGGCGAGGAAUUUUCGCCUUCGAUGAGCUUUUGAAAUUAUGGUCAAUGUUCUAGGUAGGUGCUGGUCAAGAUCCUAGGUAAGUACCACACUACUGUCAUAUAAAGCAGGUGAAAGAAUGCACAUGUUGUAGUUGAGUCUAAAAAUUGUAGGCAAUUUAAUCUGCUCAAUAUAUGUGACAGGCAUGACGAAUAUUUACAUGAUUAUGGAUCAUUGUAGAACUAGAAGGAGUCAUUCUAGCAUCAAAUACAUGUUCCUCAUAAGUAUGUUCUAAAAAAGCUAUUAUAUAUUGGUCCUCUACAACUCAUCUUCUGUAGAAUUUAGCCUUCCUUUCUCAACACUCAAUAGCAUCUCUCUCUUCGCUCUCUAGCCAAUAAUCUUCUGGCACUGAAUAUCUCACGCUUACCACGCUAGCAGUGGUCCUCAUCUGUUCUAAUAAGCCAAUUGAACGGCUGCGACGAGCGGCUCCGCGACUUCGUAUUUAGCAGUACUGCCCAGAUGAAGACCCUGAAUAGCACUAAGCGUUCUGGAGACCCCAUACUCUUAUGGGUUAAAACUCAUUGGUAUAGCCUAAUGCACCCAAAGGUCCAUGCCUAAGACCCAAACUCUUCCUAUAGGGCUAAGUGGUUACCUAAAUCUAUCCUGGCAUGAGUGAUGUUACAACGAACAGUGAAGUAUCCUGCUGUAGCACUGCUCUCUCCGCCACAAAGCUUACUUUCCUACUUCUACUCCUACUACUUAUCACGAUUGGGCACACUACUUCUACUACUUCGAGUAGUAUUCAAAAAGCUGCUCUAAUCCCAGUGGAGCAGGAAGCUGUAAUCCAAAAGCAUCUUGGCCGAGUGCAGGAUACCUUUCAAGUUACGCCUUCUACUGGUGUUGAUCUGUCCGUCAUGUUGCGACUUUUUACUAGAGAAAGAGGACGUUCCGACCUAUUGUUGGCAGUCUACUUCAUGACAUGUUGUCCGAAGUGAGAAAUAUUGUAUGAUUGUCAUGAAUGUUGAUUGCCAUGGGGUGCUGCUAGGUAUUAAGACCAAGAGGAGGACCAAGAAGGCGAAGACCAGUGAGAUAAGAGUUAGUCUUAGUUUUAGCGGUCCUCUAUGUCUAUCACUGUGAACAAUACAGCUUUCUUCAGCUCUAAUCAAUUGCUGGUAAAGCGACUCGAGCUGUUGUAUUCGAUGGCUAAUCUUAAGGCUUGUUCUUUUCCUCCUUAAGGUCGUUUAGAGCAGAGGAAGGCUGGCACAAGAUGAACUCCCAAGCUCUAAACGACCAUCUUAAUGCUCGCCCAAGAUCGAUGAACCUCCAAGUAGAUGAACCUGGAGAUUCGAAUCUUCUGAGCUUUCUAAUUUUUAAGUGAAGUCGCAACCGCAGAUCCAGAAGCUGCAUGCUUUGGUCCAGACGUUUGUGAAGGAAAUGGACAGGGAUGAGAGGAAUUUGCAGAAAGCUUUCGAGGAUCUAAAGAGAAAAUCCAAGUAACCACUUAGCACUCUAGGAAGAGUUUGGGUCUUAGGCAUGGACCUUUGAGGACUAGAAAGAGAAAGGUCUUGGAGGAGAAGAAGGAACGAGAAGUAGCAGCUGUGAGGUGGAAUAGGUACUGAAAAUAAAGAGUCACAAACAACGUUUUCCACCCAGUACUUCUCAAAUGAUGGAAGUAGAAGUAGAAGUCACCGACGUCGCCCUAGAAGUCAGUACUGAAAUAAUGAGUCAGCUAACUACUCGAAACUGGGCAUCCAUGAUGACCACUCUGUAGGUCUUGAAGUAGUAGGACCACUAGGAGUAGUGCGCGUUCCUACUAGUACUCGUAAUCUUACUACUGUAGUGUUAAAACCAUUUCUUAUCUAGUGCUUGACUAGUAUAAGCUGUAAGUGUUUAUUAUCUGCUGGUACCCCAGGCAGCUUAGGUUAUCACGUGGUUCGUCUCCGAAUGAAUGACUGAAUACCCCAAGUUGUAGAGCAUGCUAUUAUAAGCUAGCCAGUCUAGCAUGAUGAAGCUCAACUUGAUCUAAAAGUAUCAAUGAUCUCUAAGAGUCUGAGAUUCUAAAGCCUACAAGACAAUGUGUUACAGCUGCCACCGGAAAAACUUUUCAGAAAUUUUGAUACAUUUCCCCUGUUCUGGUGCAAAAAGAUGUAUAAGAUGAUGUUAUUAGCGAGUUGAAAUUGUAACAAGUGUGAUGAUAAAGAGUUGAAAGAAGUGACGAUGACCUAAAUUUAAAAAGAAGAAGUGACACCUAUAACUAAACUGAAUUCAUUGAAUAAGUUUCUGGUUACUCCUCGAACGAGUUGAUUGGCAAACAGAACAAAGUGAUUUUCUAAAAAUGACUACAACCCUAAGGGAGCCUAAAAACAAUUCCCAAUGUCCCAGAGUGGCCAUAUUACUCUUGAUCUAAAUCUAGAUCUAAAUCCAUAGUUGUCCUAGUAGAAGAGUGACCAUCUUUUUACCUUCCUCCAAACAAACUAAGUAAUCCAAACUAAGCAAUAAUAUAAAACUAAUUAUAAUCCAAACUAACUGAAAAGCAAUAUUUGAUCCAAACUAGUAGGUGAUAUAUGAAAAUGAAUAUUAAUUUUCGAUAUGAGUACAAGAUCACUUUCGAGGAAGCCUUGAAAUAACAGGUUCUUUGAGAAUACUAGUUCUGAAUUAUCAGCCCUCGUAAGUGGUUACUCUACGCUUGUCUGGAAGCACUUUCGGAGCUUGUCUCUGCGGUCAUCAGCAAAGAACGAACAGGGACGCAUGUUCCAUGCGUGGCCACUCUACUCGGUUAUUUCAUUUUUUACUCGG